CACACAAACCAAUUCCUAAUUCUCAUAUAAAAACUCUUUCUUUUUCUCUCUCUUUUUUUAAACCAAAAAACAAAAACAGAAUGUGUCCUUCUGGCAGGAGCCUCCGCACAACUGCCUCCUCCGGUUUCCGACCAGCCUUCGACAUCCUCGACGCUGACCACGACGGAAAGAUCAGCCGCGAGGACCUCCACGCCUUCUACUCCUCCGUCUACGGCCGCGGAGAAGAUGACGUCAUCGGUGCAAUGAUGACGGUUGCCGACACCAACAAGGACGGCUUCGUGGAGUACGAGGAGUUCGAGCGCGUUCUCUCUGCCGUGGGAAAAACCGAGAGGUGCGGCACCUCGAGACCGGUGGGGUGUGGAGCCAUCGAGGAUGUGUUCAGGGUCAUGGACAGAGACGGCGACGGCAAGCUCAGCCACCGUGACCUCAAGGUAUACAUGGAAUCCGCCGGAUUCUCCGCCACCGACGACGAUAUCGCCGCCAUGAUACAGUUCGGCGGUGGAGACCAGAACGGCGGCGUAACCUUCGAUGGCUUGCUUCGUAUAUUAGCUCUUGAUUGUGCUCCGCAUAAUUAGUCAGUAGUUAUUGUUCGAGUUUGAAUGAACACGUUUUUUUUUUUUUGAGAAUUGAGAUGAUGAUGAUGAAAAAUCGGAGAUACAAUACGUGAAUACGUACAAAGCUAUGAGUUGUUAUAAUCGUGGGAACGUGACGAAUUAAACUUAAGUUUCUGUCUUGGUGUUUGUAUUUUUUAUUAUUAAUUUACAAAAUGUUGUUUCCGUAA